CAGUUAAAGUGGAGGACACCACAGCAGAGGUGUAAAACUUUACAUGGGCUCGGAGAUGUGAGCAGUAAACGUGUGUGUAGUAGUAGGCUGCAUGCUGCAUGGUGCAGCCGUCGCUCCCUUUUCAAGGUUUGGACAGAGCAGACAUGGAGUGUGUUCAUGUACAUGCACACGCCUGUGUUUGUGGACCAUGAAGCACCAGUCUAUCUCCCGAUGGCUGAGUCAGCUGGGAUUGCCGCAAUACUGUACUGCGCUGGAGCAAGAAUAUGAUGGUGUUGAGGACCUGUUGAACCUCUCAGAAUGUGAUCUCCUGGAUCUGGGUGUGCACAAUCAACUCCACCGUCUGCACCUCCUCACCUCCCUAUGCCUCCUUCAGGAGCGAGAGAGGAGGAGAGAGCUGAGGAUGAUGGCGGAGGGGCGUUUUGCCAGCCUGCCCAGGUCCCUCCAUGUGCAUCACACCCUGGGAGGCACUGCAGCCCCCGCCCCAGCCCUUGAAGCCCCCAUUGGAGGGAGUUGCCCCUCAAGGAAGCUGCAAGCCUCCAUUGCCUGCUCCAUGGAUCUCCUCAGCUCUAGACCGAGUCUCCCUCCAGGAUUAGGAUCAGAGUUCCCUGCAGCUGCUUACCAGCACAUUUCCAUCCAUGGAACUCUUCCAAGACGCAAGAGAGGCGGGCCCACCCUUGGCCCUGCGACCUACACCUGGGACCCCAGAGCCAAUCACACUCAGCAAGUACUUGGCGGGAGCUCAACAUUGGUAGCGACACGUGUCCACCAGCAUAUACCUUCACCACUGGUCCAAAAUAUCAUUGAUGACUUCCACAGUUACGGGGAGCCAGCAGCUGGUCUGGAUGCCACAGUGGACUAUGUCAAGUUUUCCCAAGACCAGUUCAUCCUUGAUGGUCCAUCAGAGAAGCUGCGCAGAGAGCUGGAGGAAGAACUUAAGAUGAACUGUGAGGAGCCGAGAAGCCACGCUUGGUACCACGGAGCGAUACCACGGCAGGUUGCUGAAAACUUUGUGCAACGAGAUGGCGAUUUCCUGGUCCGAGACUCGCUGUCCAGUCCAGGAAGUUAUGUUCUAACUUGUCAAUGGCGGAAUACAGCCCAGCAUUUUAAAAUCAACAAAAAGAUUGUGAUGCUGAACGAAGCCUAUUCCAGAGUUGAGUACCGUCUGGAUCGGGAAGGAUUCGACAGUGUUCCAGCUCUAAUAAGAUAUUACGUAGGGAAUAGAAAACCGGUCUCCCAGGUGGUAGGUGCCAUCAUAUUCCAGCCGAUCAACCGCGCACUGCCUUUGCGCUGCUUGGAACAGAAGUACGGACUGUCCGGCAGUCAUCGGGAGGCGGGGCUUAGCGAACAGGACCGACGGCGUCAGAAGCGCCUCAGCCUCAACAUUACCAACGGACACACCCACGACAACGCGCACGGCGUGCACGACGGCACGCACUACCACAAUAACUGCAUGGGCAGAGGAAGCCAGCUCAGAUUGAAGGAUCGUUGUGGGAGCCAACCAGCGAGCCUCAAUCAACUCCAGGAUAAAAGGCGGCCAUUGAAAGCGCAUCAGUCGGAGAGCUUUCUACCACUUGGAUCCAAACCCCAGCACCAUCAUCCGUCAGACCCCCUCCUCCUGAGCCUAAAUGCCAAGUCUCCGGUGUUCCGUACGGGCAGCGAGCCAUUGCUGAGUCCAUCUGUCACCAGGAGGUUGGCAGAGUCACUAGCAGGUCAGCCUAUCAGAGGAUCCGACAGCCAGCUGUGCCCCAGACCGCCACCCAAGCCCAGCAAAGUGCAGCUGACCCGGUUGCCUCGUUUCCCCUGCCUCCAGCUCCCGGGUCCCUCUACCAACAUCACAGAACCCUCAUCUACCUGCUCCGGCUUGUCCUCACCCACUCUGGACUCUUCAUGUGUGGACACUCAUGUUAGCUCAUGGCGGCUUGGAGAUCCAGCAUUACCGCCAGCGAAGCAUACCCACGCUGACUCGAGCUUCUCCAGCUGUGCAGUUCCACCGAUUCCAUACCCAGACUUUGAACGCCUACCGCCCGCUCCUGCAGACCUCAGGCCCUGCAGCCCGCUGGAAUGGAACAACCCGACCUCUCCAAACUCCAUCCCGGACAACGCCCAUGAACUUGAGCAGCUGCCGUGCAGCUACGUUGAGAGAUUGAGGCAAGAGGGGGAGGUGGGCGAGGGGGGCGAGGCGGGCGGGCGGCGAGGGAUGGACAGAAGCUCCUACCAUCACGCCAUUGCGGCUUUAGAAAACACCAGCGAUGAGGAAGAGGAGGACGCGGGGAGGGGGGAUGACGGAGGGGACGAGAAGAGGAGCCUUUUUCUGAGGCCCGUGGUGGAGGCGGAGUCAGCGUUCCGGCCGACGGAGUUCAACUCUCGACUUCUGCCCGAGGAAAACAAACCGCUGGAGAUGUUGGUUUUGAAGAGAGCCAAGGAGCUGCUGCUGAGCCACAACCACCACAGCAUAGCCAGACACCUGCUGGUGGUGGACUGCCAGGUUGCAAGGAUACUUGGAGUGUCACCUGAGUUGAAAGGUCAGAUGGGCGUGUCUUCUGGUCUGGAGCUGGUCACCUUGCCGCAUGGUCGACAGCUGAGGCUGGACCUGAUGGAAAGACACCACACCAUGGCAAUAGGUGUGGCUGUGGAUAUUCUGGGAUGUACUGGCAGCGUGGAGGAACGGGCAUCCACUUUGAAUCGCAUCAUCCUGGUUGCAUUGGAGCUAAAGGACACUGUGGGCGAUCUGUUUGCUUUCACUGCCCUGAUGAAAGCUCUAGAACUGCCACAGAUCAGUCGUCUGGAGGACACGUGGACCACUCUAAGAAGGAACUUCACAGAAACCGCUAUCAGCUAUGAGAAAACCCUCAAACCUUUCUACAAGAAUCUCUACGAGGGGACAGCCUCCUCUCCUCCGGUGGUGUGCGUGCCCCUCAUGUUGCCUCUCCUCACUUUGAUGGAGCGCCCGUCCGUUACGCCAGAGGGGGCGGAGCUCUGGGAGGUCAGCGACCAGGGCUGUGACAUCAUGCUGCGUCACCUGGAGGCCGCGCGGGACGUUGCACGUCGCGCACACACCUACACCGAGAACGCGCAGAAAAUCACGCACGGGUUCCAGUGUGAUGAAGACCUGCUGGAGGUGUUCAAGACGGACUUUCAGCUGCGGCUGCUUUGGGGGAGUCGUGGCGCUUCAGUGAACCAAUCAGAUCGCUACAGCAAAUUCAGCCUCAUCCUCACGGCCUUGUCGCGCAAGCUGGAGCCCCGACACAAAACGCAAACUUUAAUUUGACUUCAACUUGGCAACGACACGCUGACUGUGCCGGACUGAAGACUGGUGGAUUUUUAUUCCAGCCGUGCAAAAGGCUAAGAAUAGAAAUAACAGCACAGGAUGAGGAAGAUGUAUUUAUUAGCAAUGGAAGCAAAGAUUCUCGCCCGGAAAAGGGUGGAGUGCCAUCUCCGGGUUGGGGAGGAGACCCUGCCCCCAAGUGGAGGAGUUCAAGUACCUCGGAGUCUUGUUCACGAGUGAGGGAAGAGUGGAUCGUGAGAUCGACAAGCAGUAAGUCGGACCGGUUUCCAGUGAGGGUUGGACUCCGCCAAGGCUGCCCUUUUUCACCGAUUCUGUUCAUAACUUUUACGGACAGAAUUUCUAGGCGCAGUCAGGGUGUUGAAGGGAUCUGGUUUGGUGGCUGCAGGAUUAGGUCUCUGCUUUUUGCAGAUGAUGUGGUCCUGAUGGCUUCAUCUGGCCAGGAUCUUCAGCUCUCACUGGAUUGGUUGGGACUGGAAUCAGCACCUCCAAGUCAGAGUCCAUGGUUCUCGCUCAGAAAAGGGUGGAUUUCUAUCUCCGGGUUGGAGAGGCGAUCUUGCCCCCAAGUGGAGGAGUUCAAGUACCUCGGAGUCUUGUUCACGAGUGAGGGAAGAGUGGAUCGUGAGAUCGACAGGCGGAUCGGUGCGGCGUCUUAGGUAAUGCGGACGCUGUAUCGAUCCGUUGUGGUGAAGAAGGAGCUGAGCCGAAAGGCAAAGCUCUCAAUUUACCGGUCGAUCUACGUUCCCAUCCUCACCUAUGGUCAUGAGCUUUGGGUUAUGACCGAAAGGACAAGAUCACGGGUACAAGCGGCCAAAAUGAGUUUCCUCCGCCGGGUCUCCCUUAGAGAUAGGGUAAGAAGCUCUGUCAUCCGGGAGGAGCUCAAAGUAAAGUUGUUGCUCCUCCACAUGGAGAGGAGCCAGAUGAUGUGGUUCGGGCAUCUGGUCAGGAUGCCACCCGAACGCCUCCCUAAGGAGGUGUUUAGGGCACAUCCGACCGGUAGGAGGCCACAGGGAAGACCCAGGACACGUUGGGAAGACUAUGUCUCCCGGCUGGCCUGGGAACGCCUCGGGAUCCCCCGGGAGGAGCUGGACGAAGUGGCUGGGGAGAGGGAAGUCUGGGUUUCCCUGCUUAGGCUGCUGCCCCCGCGACCUGACCUCGGAUAAGCGGAAGAAGAUGGAUGGAUGGAGGAAGCAAAUAUUUAAAAUAUUUGCUUUGUACUACUCGGUGCUUACAACAGUGUCUGCUCUAUUCUGUACAACACAUUCAUAAUGUUCACAAUACCACUCUGUGUGUUGGUCACUUUGACAAGAGUGGUAAGAAAGUAUGAAUGUUCAUUAUUUCCACUUUAAAGGGAAACUGCACUUUUUUUUUGGAAUUUUCAAUCUUCACAAUCAUUAUGAAAGCCAUGACGGAUGCAUUUUUUUUAAUGCAUUCUAAAUAUCAAAUAAAUUCGAUCAAAAGUC